CUCUAUGGUAAGUUUCCGGAUAGAAGCAAGCAAGGAAGGAUGAGACGCCAUUUUGAUUCAUUCACGACGAAUGGCGUACUGGCGUUGUACGUCCUAAGUGUAAAAUUGUAGUGAUUGUUGUGUAUUUAGUUUAUUGUUGGUGAAUUUAAAGCUAAUUAAAGGACAAAACAAAUAAUUAGGAUUCCAAUCGUUGAUUGAUUGAUUGUCACAGCAGUCAUGGGACGAGGAAGGGAUCGUAGUCGUGAUAGACGUCGUAGUCGUAGUAGGAGCAGGAGUAGAAGUCGCAGUCGAAGUCCCCGUUAUGGUCUUGGAUCAGGCGGUGGCGGUGGAGGCGGCGGCGGCUACGGCGGAGGUCGCAGAAGCAAUCCUGGAGCUAGUCUACGAAAACCAAAGUGGGAUUUAAGUAGACUUAAGCCAUUCAAGAAAGAUUUCUACGUUCCUCACAUUGAUGUAGAAAACAGACCAGAAUCUGAAGUGGAGGCUUGGAGAAGUGAUAACGAAAUCACACUCAAAGGACGUAAUAUUCCUAAACCGACCAUGACUUUUGAAGAAGCAGGUUUCCCUGAUUAUGUUAUGGAUGAGAUUGACAAAAUGGGAUUUUCCAAGCCAACACCUAUCCAGGCUCAGGGUUGGCCUAUUGCAUUGAGUGGAUGUGAUAUGGUUGGUAUUGCAUCUACUGGUUCAGGAAAAACUCUAUCUUAUAUUUUACCUGCAAUUGUUCACAUUAACAAUCAACCAAAAUCAAGUCGUGGUGAUGGCCCUAUUGCACUUGUAUUGGCUCCUACCAGAGAAUUAGCACAACAAAUCCAAGAAGUCUGUGACAAGUUUGCAAACACAUCAAAAAUUCAUAACACUUGUCUGUUUGGUGGUGCUCCAAAAGGGCCGCAAGCCAGAGACUUAGAUGCUGGUGUAGAAAUAGUGAUUGCUACCCCUGGCAGACUUCUUGAUUUUCUUGAGAGUGGAAGAACUAAUUUAAAAAGAACUACUUACUUAGUGCUGGAUGAAGCUGACAGAAUGUUAGAUAUGGGAUUUGAACCCCAAAUAAGGAAAAUCAUUGAACAAAUCAGACCUGAUCGUCAAACAUUAAUGUGGUCUGCUACAUGGCCUAGGGAAGUUCAGAGUUUAGCUGCAGAAUUCUUAAAAGACUAUCUGCAAAUUAAUGUUGGCUCUUUGCAAUUGGCAGCUAAUCACAAUAUUUUGCAAAUUAUUGAUGUUUGUAUGGAAUACGAAAAAGAAACAAAAUUAAGUACUCUACUUAAAGAAAUUAUGGCUGAAAAAGAAAAUAAAACAAUUAUAUUUAUUGAAACCAAACGUCGAGUUGAUGAUAUUACAAGAAAAAUGAAACGUGAUGGGUGGCCUGCAGUGUGUAUUCAUGGAGAUAAGUCACAAAAUGAACGAGACUGGGUUCUACAAGAUUUUCGUAGUGGGAAAGCUCCCAUUCUAGUUGCUACGGAUGUUGCUGCUAGAGGUUUAGAUGUUGAUGAUGUUAAAUUCGUUAUCAAUUUCGAUUACCCAAGUAAUUCGGAAGAUUAUGUACAUCGCAUCGGAAGAACUGGACGAACUAACAAAACUGGAACAGCGUACACGUUUUUCACGCCAUCGAACGCUGCUAAAGCAGCCGACCUAGUGGCUGUUUUGAAAGAAGCCAAACAAGUAGUAAAUCCUAAAUUACAAGAACUUGCUGAACGAGGUGGGGGAGGUGGAAGAAGGCACCGUGGACGUGGCGGCAGAUAUCGUCGUGGCCGUCGUUCUCGCUCCCGCUCCAGGUCGCGCCGCCGUCGCUCCCGCUCCCGCUCUCGCUCACGUGAUCGUCGUCGCAGACGCCACAGCUCCUCCAGAUCUUCGCGAAGCCGAUCAUCGAGGUCAUCGAGAAGUCAUUCACGCUCCCGCUCCCGGUCGCGUAGCCGAUCUCGCUCAGGCAAGUGCAGCCCAGUGAAGAAUACUUCGGAUUCGGGUCAACAACAGGCGCCCCAAGCUCUUCUUCCCACGCCGAAAACCCUUCUACCGACUCCCAUAGGCCCUCAACUACCUAACCACAAUAACCAAGUGCCAUCCUCAUCCCCUGUAGAAAACAAAGCUCCUCCUAAUGAUAGAACAGUUCCUAAUAAUUCUUUGAACAAUGGUAGUCAAAAUUAUUUACAGCAGCCUCCUCCUCAAAUACCGCCUUUGAUGGCUCUUAAUCCUCAAAUGAAUAUGUGUACUCCUCCUCCUCCAAUAAAUGGCCAAGGCUUUGCUUUACCUCCUUAUUUUCCUGCUGAUCAGUAUGGUAUGAUGAUUCCAAACUUCCCUGCGCCAAUGCUUCCACCGGGUGGUUGGGCUGCCCCGCCGCCACCACCGCCUCCCCCUCCGCCCUCGGAGUCCUCGGCAAAAGGUAGUCACGAGCAAAGGGGCCCUGGCCAAAGUGGCCUCGAGUCAGAUUCCAGAAAACGCGGGGCUCGCUCAGGCGGGCUCGGUGGCUCGGGCGGCUAUGCACCCACUGCGGGCGGGCUCGGCUCCAGCAGCGGCGGGCUCGGGGCCGGCGGCGGGCUUGGCUCGUCUGGCCCCGGGCUGGGUUCGUCUGGCCCCGGGCUGGGCUCGUCAGGCCCUGGGCUCGGCAACAGCACCGCGCUCGGUUCCGGCGGCGGGCUGGGCUCCGGAGGCGGGCUGGGCUCGUCCGGUGGGCUCGGUUCGUCCGGUGGACUUGGCUCCGAUGGCCCAGCUGGCUCGCGUUCGCGAGGCCGCGACCGACGUCGCCGCGGCCGAGGAAGGGAUCACGACGACUUAGACUCUGCCAACUCAGGAGGUCUCGGCUCGUCAGGGCUCGGUGGGCCUGAUGGCGGCGGGCUGGGUCAACCGCCCGGCGCCGGCUACAAUUCUGGCGGUCUCGGCGUACCUCACGGGAGCCUCUUGCCGCGCAUGCUACCUCCGAGCGUUGUCGAUGGCGCUGGACCACAGGGUGCUAACUUUACUGCGUUCGGGUCUUAUGGAUCCAAAACUGUUAAGCAGAAUAACAAUGUUCAAGGAAACGAGAUUAGCGAGGGUUACAAUGCUGCUGCUGAUUGUAGAAUGGAAUAUUAUGGUCCACAAAAUGCUGGGCCCGGACGGCCUUACGGUCUCGGUAUGGACCAGAUGGGUGCCAACGGUGCGCUGGCGAAUGGCUCCGUGGGGUACAAUAAUGACCGCCAGAGAAAUCGCCGACGAUGAUUGCGACUGAGGUUUGUUAUAUUCAAACCAAUGCCAACUCACCUAUUUUAACAACUCCAUUACUCCACUACAUUACACGAUAUAAGCUGUCUUGGUGUUUGUCAGUCAGACUUUUAUUUACAGUGAUGGUCUGUAUGAUGAGCGCCUGCAUAAUUAUUGUAAUAUUAUUACUCUGUGCUCUAUAAGACUUGUCAGAAAAAUAAUAUUGUUGAGACACGUUUUAACGAUAAAUAUCUUUUUUUACAGAAAAUGGAUAUAACGGGGACUCUCGUCGACGCAGGCGACGUUAAACAUCAGUGAAAUGUGAACGAUCGUGUGGAGCAAGGAACAUAGUUUAGUUACAUAAGAUUUGACACAGACUAUUUUAAUUUCCAUUCCAUGUUGUAUUUAUUUAAUGUGUGACCAUUAGUGCAGUGAUACACAUGUGUUUAAGUAUUCCCCGAUUUUCAACUAGUACACAUUAUAAUGCAGUGUAUAUAAACAUUAAUUAUAUUAAUGUUCUAGAUUUAAUUUUAAAUAAUAAAAUUAUAUUAUCUCAUUUGAUAAAUAGUUUCAUAAAAGUGCCAGUAUAAUAUUCACGAUAUAUUUUGCAAUUUAUUAUUUAUACUGAUACUAAGAUUUAAAAUGGUCACGUGUACAUAAAUAAGUGAUAUUUGGUCACUACAAAAACCAUCUAAUUUUCUCAAUUAUUUUUGCUAAAACUACCAAAAAAGAUGAUUAGACAAUUAAUUACUGUCCAGUGUUGAUAAUUGAAUCAGUGUUGUGUUGUCAGUAGACAGUUUAAUUUGAGUAUUGCAUUGUCAGUACUUUGUGAAUCUUAGAAUUUUGUUUGUAUUGUGUUUUUAAGGGCAGUUGUGAUCAUUUAACUGUAGCAGGAUAAUAGAUUACUUAAAGUAUGUACCGUUCUUUAAUAAUAACAUUACUAUUCAAUGGUAUUUCCAUGAAUCUUUUUGACUAGUGAAGAGGAUCUUGUAAUACAAUGUAAUGUAAAC